UCCUAGGAGUAACUACACACACUGACUUCUCCGUGGACGUUAAACAGCCGACCUGGUCACAAUUGUGGACACUUUUUUUAAAUUUUUUUUUUUUAUCAUUAUUUUAGGAUUGUGGUAUGAGCUACAGAGUCGAGGCAAAGUGCCAUGUACUGGAAAAGUGAACAAAUGUUUGUGUGCAGUAAAGUGGAAGACAAAGGGAAUGGGUUAAACGCGAUGUCUAAUGACACGUUUCUCGUCAUGUCUGAAGAAUCCGAAGGUGCAUUUGGCCGAUGUAGGAAGAGCAGAGGAGAUGCUGAGCAGAGCACCGCGGAGGAGCUGUUCGAAGAAGACUCGUGCUCCCUGUCCUCCUCCCUGUCGCCCUCCUGCUCGCCUCGCGCCAUGGCUUCCGCGCCGCUCGACGCCAAGGCGCUCUGCACGAGCUGUGGGCUCGAGAUAGUGGACAAAUACCUGCUCAAGGUGAACGAGCUGUGUUGGCACGUGCGCUGCCUCUCGUGCAGCGUGUGCCGCAUCUCGCUCGGGCGGCACGCGAGCUGCUACAUCAAGGAGAAAGAGGUGUUCUGUAAACUCGACUACUUCAGAAGAUAUGGAACAAGGUGUGCUCGCUGUGGCAGAAAUAUACACUCAACUGACUGGGUUCGGCGGGCCAAGGGCAACGUGUACCACCUGGCCUGCUUUGCCUGCUUUUCCUGCAAAAGGCAGCUGUCAACAGGCGAGGAGUUUGCCUUGGUGGAGGAGAAGGUCCUCUGCCGCGUGCACUACGACUGCAUGCUGGACAACCUAAAGCGUGCCGUAGAGAACGGAAAUGGUGUAAAUGUAGAAGGUGCUCUGCCAACAGAGCAAGAAGUGAAUCAACCGAAACCAGCCAAAAGAGCUCGCACCAGCUUCACAGCUGAUCAGUUACAGGUGAUGCAAGCCCAGUUUGCUCAGGACAACAAUCCAGAUGCUCAGACCCUGCAGAAGCUGGCAGAGAGGACAGGACUCAGUCGCAGGGUGAUACAGGUUUGGUUCCAGAACUGCCGAGCACGGCACAAGAAGCAUGUGAGCCCUAACCAUGCCUCUGCUGCCCCUGUAUCAUCACUGCAGCAGUCGCGGCUCUCGCCUCCCCUAAUGGAGGAGCUGCAGUACACAGCAUACGGGCCACCGGACGGGCCCAUGUUAACAGCGCUGCACUCUUACAUGGAUGUGCACUCGCCAUCAUCCCUGGUAUUCCAGCCCUUGCAGCCCCACCCCAUAACACAGCUUCCCAUCAGCCACGCCUGAGCUGGCUGCAUGAUAUGCACAGUCCUGUGCAGACCGCAGGAGCCCCACCUGCAUAUUCAGGUCAGAACCAAAAGGGUUCCUCAGUAACACAGCUUGUGUGUGCACGUGCAUCUGUAUUCCACAAAUGUUCACAUUCCCCAUUGAAAUGGGGCUCAACUGAAGGAGAGAAGUCUUUCAAAGAACCUAGAGGAGUGGAAAAAUUCAGUGUUAACAAGGUUAUUGUAAAACUUUCUGUUUAAUAUAUUAUCUAUAUAUUGGUGACUAAAUUCAUUGUAUUAACUUAUUUUGUGUAUGUGGAAGAGCACUUUGUUUUAAAAUAAAUUCAGAGAUUGCA